AUGUUAUCCAAAUUAUUCAAGACCCCUGUUAACUCAUUAUACUCAUCUAUGAUUAGCAGAGCUGCUUUCAGCAAUAUCUCUAAGUGCAAGACCGAUGAGUCCAUCACUCACAUGGUUAACUACUACUUAGACGAAGCUGCCGAACAUACCGACAUUCCCAAGGACAAGAUGAACUUCUACAAGAACUGUGAUGGUAUUGUCUAAAUUAACAUCCCACUCAAAAGAGAAAAUGGUAAAUUCGAGACUAUCAAGGCUUACCGUGUCCAACACAAGACUCACUGUUUGCCUACCAAGGGUGGUUUUAUCAUUAACGAUCAAGUCAGUAGAGAAGAUAUCCAAAGCUUUGCUGUUCUCAACACUGUCAGAUCUACCACUCUUGAUCUUCCUUACGGUGGUGCCAAGGGAGCUAUCUGCAUUAACCCCAAAGAAUACACCGAAAAUGAACUUGAAUUAAUUAUCAGAAGAUUCACCCUCGAAGCUGCUAAGAAGAACAUUAUUGGAUCUUCAGUAGAUGUUUUGGGAACCGAUCUUGGUGCUUCUGAAAGAGAAAUGAACUGGAUUAAAGAUACUUUUGCUACUCUCUACGGUCAAGAUGAUAUUCAUGCCAUUGCUUGUGUCACAGGAAAGGGCUUAAAUUAAGGUGGUUUGAAGGGUUAUGUUGAAUCUCCUGGUUAUGGUGUAUACUACACUUUAAAGUACAUGCUUGAAAACAAGGAAUUCCUCUAAAAGACUGGUCUUACUCAAGGUUUAAAGGGCAAGACUUUUGUUAUUGAAGGUUUUGGAAGUGUUGGUUACUGGGCUGCUCAUCAUUUACAAGAAGCUGGUGCUAUUUUAGUUGGUGUUUGUGAACAUGAUGGACAAAUUUUCAAUCCUUAAGGUAUUGAUGCCAGUGAAUUGAAUAAUUACAUGAAGAAGAACAAGGGUGUUAAAGGUUUCCCUAAAGCAACUGAAUAAGAAAAUGUUGCUUAUAGCAAGUGCGAUUUCUUUAUUCCCUGCUUCUUUGCUCAAUCUAUUUAUGCUGAAAAUGCCGAUAAGUUCUAAUGCAAGGUUGUUGCUGAAGGUGCUAACUUACCAACUACUCCUGCUGCUGAAAAGAUUCUUAAAGAAAAGGGAAUCGAAAUUAUUCCUGAUAUCAUCACUUCUUCUGGUGGUUUCUUGGCUUCUUAUUUUGAAUGGAUUAAGAAUAUCAACCACACUUAACACGGUGCUAUGACUCGUAAAUGGGAAGAAAAGAGUAACUAAUAGGUCUUAGAAACAAUUGAAGGUACUACAGGUUUAAGACUUGUUAGCAAAGCAAUUCUUGAUCACGUUGAAGAAAUUAAGGGUGCUUCUGAAAGAGAUUUAGUUAUUAGUGGUAUCGAAGAAAGUUUUGAAAAUGCAUUAAUUGAAACAAUCGAAACUUCUAAGAAGCACAAUGUAAGCUUAAGAUGUGCUGCUUACAUUAAUGCCUUAAAUAAACUCCACGGUCACUACGAAUAAGUAGGUAUUACUUUCAGCAAGUGA